AUGGUGAUCGUCAAGAGAGGAUGGACCCUGAGACAGAGUUGGCUGGAUCAUCAGUUGAAGUCCAUCCAGCAACUGGACUUUCACGAUUUCUUCGGGUUCUCAAUCUUCCACAGGACCUUUGACUGGCCGGCAGGCCAUUGCCACAUCAAGUCGGUCUGUGAAGCUUUUAUGGACUAUGACAAAAUCAACGGUGGAAGGGCUUGGUACUUCUGGCCCCAGCUGCUGACUCUGGCCUUCCCUCACCUUGAACAGUGCAACAAUGGAGUCGAGGUUCUGGUCACGGUGGCUGAAAGGGCCCUUGCCAACUUUGUGAAUUGCUGUGAAGAUGAGAUGUUGCAAUUUGUCGAGUUUUGUGCUGGGAAAGCGCAACUCAGCCGAGAGAUGAUUCGCCAAGGCUUCAAGGGAGCUUCAGUGGACAUACUCUUCCACCAGAAUCAUGAUAUGAUGUCAGCAAAAGGCAUUCGGACAUGGGUUGACAUGAUCUGUUCUUCCAGUAGGAAGAGUUUGCAUUGGUUUGGUACCCGAUGCUCCUCGUUUGUUGUCCUUUGCCUGUCUGCCUCCCUACGGUACCCAUGCAACCGGUUCUACGGAGAUACGAGCAAGCCCUGGGUGGAGGUUGGCAACUAUCAGCAAGAAGUCACGGCCCUCUGCAUGUUCCUGUGCAUCCUGCUCGGAAGCUGGCCGGUGCUGGAGCAACCUGGUAGCAGUUGCAUGAUGAAGCUGCCAAGUUUGAGUCAUGUUUUCAAUUUCUUCAAUUUCAAGAAGACUGUGACGUACAUGGGGAGCUUCGGCGGCCCAUUUCAGAAACCAUUGCAGAUAUGGCACCCUGAAGGCACUUUUGAAGGUCUCCGCCGCGAGAAGCCCGACCCUUUGCUUGACCUCUGUGCGGAAGUGGGUGAGUCCUGGAACGGUGACAAAACCUUCACUGGGAACAAGGAGUUGCUGGAGCUUUCUGAGCACUACACAGCUCAGUUUGGCUCAGCGGUUGCCUUGAUCUUUGAUCAAAUCAGAUCUGAGGCGUAGGGGAAUUUAAUGUGGCAACCUAAGUGUUGUCAGUAUGGGGGCCGGAGCAGGCUUUAACAACCUC